AUGGGUAGCGGCUCCAGGUUCCGCCUGCCAUCUGCUCUAAAGCGUACAAAAUCCAGUGCUCAGCAACAGGACUGGCAGCCAGAAGGGAAGGAGCAUAAAGUCCAUCACAUACUUGGAAUUUCUGAAACCGAUCUGAAUACUGCACGUAACCAAAGCAUUAGCUCUUCCGUUACGGCUCGGUUACCCACGCUAUCAUUUUCCGAUGCCACGACCGAGCUGGGCUCUUCAAACCCGCCAACAGAACAGUCCGAUACAUCUAGGGAUCUGAAUGGGAAGGCAUCGUCAGUGUUGCUGCACGAGGAAUACCUGCUCAAAGCGGAUGUUCCGGGCUCUACACACCCCAAGCGACUGAAGGCGCAAGGCUCAUCCUCAACACUUCACUCCUUUUAUGAUGCUCAAAAGACUCCUCUAGCAAUUUCCCAACAGACAUCGGAUUCUUCCAGACGAGACUUUGCCCUUCGGAAAGGUGCUCCUGUGGUCGUCAAGCCCACAACAACGGACGCGGACCCGAUUCGGCGAUUGAAGUUCUUUCGUCUCUCUAGGCACGGAAGCAAGGCUGGAGAGAAGGCACCUACGCAAGCUGUGCCAGAAUCACCAGAAUCGGCCGGCAAGAUGCGAUUGAGUAAUCAACGGUCUCUAAGGUCAUCGGAUCGAGGGGCAGAUUCCGGCUCAGUGCACUCCAAUCCCCCGUCCAAACUCAAGAAAGGCGUACGUUUCAAUUCUGAUCGACCAACAACCCUCAUCAGUCCGGAGAAGCCGAAGUCCUCUGUUCGGCUCGCUUCCCAGCAAGAAGCACACCAAUACAAAAUAAAUAUCAGACGGCCGAAAGCAGGCGCAAAGCAUUGGUUCGAUGGGUUGGAAGGUGAUAGCAGUGACGAUGAAAGUGUCGACGAACCCGCACUCCAGCCUAGCUUCGUGGCAGGAUUUGAGAUGGCUUUCGAAGGUGGGAGGAUAGGAAUGGUCGCAGUGGACGAACCUUGUACAACCCCUCGUGCUUUGGAUCACCCAGCUCGAAGCACAAGCUCCAGGACAGAGUCAAGCCACAUAUUACCCGUUUCAGUCAUACCACCUCGGGUGUCGACACUCAACGCCAAGUCGUCUAGAUCUACACUGUCUCCCAAUGAGUCUCACUUGACCUCGCCAAAGGGAAAAGCAGGUUCGCUGGGCUCGACUGACCUGCAUCAAACGAGCGUUCUGGACUUGUCCUCCUCUGACGAGGAUGAACCACUGGCACCCACUAUAAAAUCUCCGAGUAUGCCGCUCCCGGAAAUACGAGACAGCAUAGCCGUCGAAUCCUUGGGUGAAUCGGAUAUCGAGGUUGGCACGGCUAAAACUAUCAGCACGAAACAGAAUACUUCGGUCAAAGCUACGCCCAGUCUGAAACGUGUUCGCGCUCCUCAGCAUGGGCGCGAUGUUGGGGAAUCAAUGAAACCACCCAACAGGCGACGGGACCCCCGAUCGACGUAUUACUCGUGCCUGGACCUCUCAUCGAAUCCGAUGCCGGAGGAAGACGAUCUACUCACUUCAUUUCCUCCCACACCCACCACGGACCAGUCAUCUUUUCGUCGUGCAUCUUUCCCCGACAUCCCGCUUUCGGAUACCGCGAGCAUUGAGAGUAGAAGAUUGAUGAGCGUGACAAAGCAGGAAGAGUCUCUCUUGGCUGCUAUAAGGAGCAAGAAGGCUGUUCAGGGCAAGUCGUACAGCGCCAGCACGGAAUCACGAAUACAGGCACUCAUGAACACGGAUCGAAAACCGUUGAAACGCAAGCAGCAGGGCCCAAGGAGCUCACCUGCGCUUGAUAUACAGUUCACGACGCAAGGUCGGAUGCUCGAACGGGUACAAUCCCCUUCUUCCGACACAAACUUUGAUCAGGCUUCCUGCACAACCUUCCAGACCGGGCUCUCCAACGAUCCCAGUGUGAGAUACUCGAUUACCAGUUUCCACACUGGCACACCUGUCGCUCCUGACACCGAAAUUGCGUCCUCAUUCGCCCCUUCGCCGUCAGGAUUCCUUCAACCGCGCACCGAUGGUCCCAACAGGAUGAGCCGCUCGACCUUCUUUUCGACGUCGACGACUAGUUCGAGAGACGACUCCCGAAGUCGGAAGGAGAGACAGUACCUGGCUACUUUGGAAAGACUACAGGCACCGCCGAGGAGGGAAGAGGUCUCUUCGCAGGACUUCAUCGACUGGCCUUACAACGGCUGGAUGAAAGUUGCCACGGCGCACUGA